AUGCCUGAAAGCACAGCAACUGCAAGCAGCAGCGCCAAGUGGGGCGACGUGCUCGACGAGGAGCUCGAAUAUGCCCACGACCUGCCAGCGCCUGGAUCGCUGUCGGUGUCGCAAUCGAUCGGACAGCAGCAGCAGCACCAACAGCAGCAGCAGCAGCCCACCAUCGACGCUGCAUACGUGUCCAAGUACGCUGACGACGACGAGGACGAGCUCCCCGGCCUGCAGGUGGUUGGGCCCGACGCGAACGGGGUCAAGCUUGUUAUUGAGCACCGACGGGACGACAACACUGGCGCCGUGGUGAAGGUGACGCGCAAGUUCCAGUUGUCCAAGCAGAAGACGACCCUGUCGCACGCCGAGGCCGAGCGCCGCCACUGGACCAAGUUUGGCGCCGAGACGGGAGCCAAGCCAGGCCCAGACCCAGCGACGACCAUUGUGGCCGACGAGGUCUUCCUCGUCCUCACCGCCAAGAGCCACGAGCUCGGCACCGACGCCACCAGCGCGCCCCAGGACGAGAAGAUCAAGCUCGCCACCGGUGCCGGCGGCGCCGUCGCAAGCAAGGCCGUCAGCUGCCGCAUCUGCAAGGGCGAUCACUGGACCACCCAUUGCCCGCACAAGGAGCUCGCUGCCUCGCAAGACGACCUCGAGAAGGAGGAACGCGCAAAAUCAUUGCGCGAGCAAGUCCUCGACAAGGAUGCCGCUGCGACCGGCGGCGCACAGCCCGGCAAGUACGUGCCCCCGAGCAUGCGUGGUGCCGAUGGCGCUCGCCGAGCACCUGGCGCUGAUGCCCGAGGAUCUUCCAUGCGCGAUCGUGACGACGCAAACACCAUUCGCAUUUCCAACCUCUCGGACGACACCCGCGAAAGCGACGUUGGCGACCUCUGCAGCCCGUUCGGCCGUGUGCAGCGCACCUUCUUGGUGCGCGACAAGGUCACUGGCGCCUCCAAGGGCUUUGCCUUUGUUAGCUUUGGAUCCCGCGACGAGGCCGCAAAGGCCAUCGAGAAGCUGCACGGCCACGGUUACGAUCACUUGAUUCUUAGCGUUGAUUGGGCAAAGUAA